GUGACGCAGAGACGCCAGAGCGCGCACGGCGUUGCUGCUCACUCUCUGCCUCACUCACACAGCGCACUCGCCAACAGGAGCUCGCCGGGGCAUGGCUGCCGGCCCGCAGCGUUCGCUUUGUUUUCGUCUCCGUCUCCCUUCUCCGCCGCCGCCGGAGCUGAAAGCUUGAUGGGUGGCGCUGGAGCGGAGGAAGACGACGGCCCGGCCGCACUAUCCCGGGAGGAGAGCCGGCUUGUUUUCAGGGAGAGGAGGCUAAUGUUUAUCGGGGACCUUUGUCUCGAAAUGAACAGAUAUUGAAUCCAUAUAUUAAUCCUUAUAUCGUAAUCCAGUACCGUCAAGAUGAGUGUCCAGGGGAAAGGUUUCCCUUUGGAUCUAGGGGGAAGCUUUACUGAGGAUGCACCAAGACCACCAGUCCCUGGUGAGGAAGGAGAACUGGUUACAGCAGAUCCCAGGCCCUUCAGCCACAGCUAUUAUUCUGCAAAGAGCGAGGGGAUCAGAAAUGAGACUUCAACGGCGACGCCGAGGCGGCCUGACCUCGACCUAGGUUAUGAACCUGAGGGCAGUGCUUCCCCGACGCCGCCAUAUUUAAAAUGGGCUGAAUCGUUGCACUCUCUCCUCGAUGACCAGGACGGGAUUCACUUGUUCAGAACUUUUCUGCUGCAGGAAAAUUGUGGAGAUUUGCUCGAUUUCUGGUUUGCUUGCAGCGGCUUCCGGAAGCUGGAAGCGAAUGACUCCAAGGUGGAGAAACGGCUCAAACUGGCCAAAGCGAUCUAUAAAAAGUACAUUCUAGACAAUAAUGCCAUUGUCUCCCGGCAGAUCAAACCAGCAACUAAAAGUUUUAUUAAGGAUUGUGUUUUAAGGCAGCAAAUUGAGCCGGACAUGUUUGACCAGGCACAAAUGGAGAUACAGUCGAUGAUGGAAGACAAUACUUACCCCAUAUUCCUUAAAUCUGACAUCUAUCUAGAAUACACUACAAUUGGCGGGGAAAGCCCUAAGGUUUACAGUGACCACAGCUCGGGCUCUGGGACAGGGAAAGGGGCACCAGGAUAUUUACCUACUCUAAAUGAAGACGAGGAAUGGAAGGCUGACCAAGCGGUGGAGGACGACUGUGAAAGAGAAUCCAUUUCCUCAAACAGACUCAACCAGAAACUUAUCUUAGAAGCUGCAACGCAUUGUACAGCACCAGCAAGACGGCGCAGUGAUGGAAGAGAGUUUAGUGGUAAAGUCAGCAUGUUGGCAAAGAGGAACGCAAAGAAAGUGGAUUCCGGGAAGCUCGAGGGCGCCAACCACGAGAUGCCUGUGGUCCCGGACGAUGCCGAGAGAACCCAGAAGAUAAUGCAGUGGAUAAUGGAAGGAGAGAAGGAGAUCAGCCGACACAAGAAAACCGUCCAUAGCUCAUCAGGUGCCAAGAAGCAGUCCGCUCAUGACGUGCCUAGACCACUUUCCAUAGAACGGCCCGGUGCAGUCCAUCCCUGGGUCAGCGCCCAGCUACGCAAUGUGGUGCAGCCCUCUCACCCCUUUGUCCAGGACCCCACCAUGCCGCCCAAUCCUGCCCCCAAUCCACUGACGCAGCUGGAAGAGGCCCGCCGGCGGCUGGAAGAGGAGGAGAAAAAAGCUGGAAAAAUGCAAGUGAAGCAAAGGUAUGUUCAAGAGGUUAUCCAACGGGGGCGCUCCUCUGUCAGGCCACCGUAUAUCCCACUGCUGAAUGUGGUACCAGCGGUCUCCGACAUGGACCUCUCAGAGUCACAGAUAAAGCCACAGAAGAAAGACAGCAGAAGCUCCGGACCAGGGGACAACGUUGUGGUGGCUUACUAUUUCUGUGGAGAACCCAUCCCCUACAGGACCAUGGUGAAAGGUCGAGUAGUGACCCUGGGACAAUUCAAGGAGCUGCUUACGAAGAAAGGAAAUUACAGGUAUUACUUCAAGAAAGUAAGCGACGAAUUCGAUUGCGGAGUGGUAUUCGAGGAAGUGCGGGACGAUGACUCUAUUUUACCAAUUUAUGAAGAAAAAAUUAUCGGGAAAGUGGAAAAAAUUGACUAGUAAUCGGAAGGAGGAAAAAAAAAAAAGGCAAGAGUGUCCGGAAUGAAGCCUUGAUUUAAUAUAUGCUGGAAAAAGGGUGAUUUCACUGUGGUCCCCCUGGCUGUCAUACUUAGUGGUACCUGGUUCUACAAAAAAAAACUAAACCUAAAAAUAUUAACUAUACAGGAGUCUCCCGACUACAAGCCGAGGUGCUAUCCGAGGUGUGUGGCGCCCCCUCUCUGGAGAGAGCAGUCGGUGUAACGUAGCGGUGUACAGCGGUAAUAUGAAAGCUGCAUAUUUUUGAUACCUUGAAAUAAACGGGAAGAUGAUUUUCCGACGUCACAGUGCUCUUAUGUACAUUCAGACAGCGGUGCUGAGGUCACCAGACGUCACCUUUUUUUUGUCAGGUCAUUAGUAACACAAGGACAUUUACCCCCCAACCCCCCUGCAAAACAAAAAAAAAAUUUUUUUUUUUGCAGUUUAAAA